AUGAAGGCGCCCAUGGUGCUCUCCCUCAUUGGGUACCUGGUGGUUCCAAGUGGCGCUGCUGUCUUGGGGCACUGUGUGGUGGCUAAGAAACUCCACAAAGGAGGCCAUUUUGAGGGCUACAGCCUCGAAAACUGGGUGUGCCUGGCUUAUUUUGAGAGCAAGUUCAACCCCACUGCUGCCUACGACAGCUUGCGCGGUGACUACACCGGCUACGGCUUCUUUCAGAUCCGCAACCGUGACUGGUGUGACCACGGCAAGAACCGUUGCCACGUGUCCUGCUCUGCUUUACUGAAUCCAAAUUUAAAGGAGACAAUUGAAUGUGCCAAGAAAAUUGUAAAAGAAAAAAGAGGAACGGGAGCGUGGACCUACUGGACCCUCAACUGCCAGCACUCUGACACUCUGGAGCGGUGGUUGGACGGAUGCAAGCUGUAG